CAGCGCAUUGCUUUACACGUUUUGUAUUAUUCUACGAGUAAUCAACGAAUUUGUAAUUGAAAAUGAGCGGCAGAGGCAAAACCGGUGGUAAAGCCAGAGCAAAGGCCAAGACUCGUUCAUCCAGAGCCGGGCUUCAGUUUCCCGUCGGCCGUGUUCACAGACUUCUUCGCAAGGGUAACUAUGCAGAGCGCGUUGGUGCCGGAGCACCAGUUUAUCUCGCCGCUGUGCUCGAGUAUCUUACUGCUGAGAUCCUGGAGUUGGCCGGAAACGCCGCUCGUGACAACAAGAAGACCCGCAUCAUUCCCCGCCAUUUACAGCUGGCAGUGCGUAACGACGAGGAGUUGAACAAACUCUUGGGGCGCGUGACCAUCGCUCAGGGCGGUGUGUUGCCCAACAUCCAGGCUGUGUUGCUGCCAAAGAAGACCGAGAAGCCCGCUAAAGCAAAGUAAACCCCGAUUCUACAAAAAUGAAACAAAGGCUCUUUUAAGAGCCACCCACUUCAACUAUAAAAGUGUGAAAUCUUGGGUCUGUUUUGUUGUAUAUGAUAUACACAUGUGUGCGUUUAAUGUUUCUAUACGUUACUUAAGCUAUUAUAAACCUUUUCUUAUUAAGCAAGAAAAUAAAAUAAUUUCCCUACAA